CAGAGCCCGAAAUCGGUGGGGGGCACCACGAAAUGAUGUGCUACUACGCCCGCCAAUCGCUCCGAUCCGAUAGCAAAGCUGCCGUCAUCGUUGUGUGGACUCACUUCACUACACUCUGAUAGAGCUUCGGGGCUUGAGCUGUGUGAGUCAGCUGCCUCUCGAUGAUGUUGACCAUGCAACGGCUUGCCCUCCGACUCAGACCAGCAUCGACUUCGUGUUCGCGGAUACACACGUCACAAAGCACACAAGCUUUCUCGACCUCGAUCAUGGCGCAACAACCCAUCAAGCCGGCCAGGCGCGUGGCCAGUUCAAAGCAGGAUGUAUGGUCUAUUGUCAAUGAGGCUGCACAAGCAUCUCCAGUCCAGCCCAUCGUCAACAUGGGCCAGGGCUUCUUUGGUUACAAUCCUCCCUCCUUUGCGAUUCAGGCUGCCAAAGAUGCCCUGGACCGGGUAGAUUGCAAUCAGUACUCCCCUCCCAAGGGUCGACCAAGGUUAAGGCAAGCCAUUGCCAAGUCGUACUCUCCUUUCUUCGGUCGGACACUCAAUCCCGAUACCGAGGUGGUCAUCACAACUGGAGCCAAUGAAGGUAUGCUUUCGGCGUUCAUGGGAUUCCUCGAGGCCGGUGACGAAGUCAUCGUCUUUGAGCCAUUCUUCGACCAGUACAUCUCCAACAUCGAGAUGCCGGGUGGCAAAGUCGUGUAUGUGCCAUUACAUCCGCCCAAAGAUGGCGCGACCAAGACGACGAGCGCAAGCCAAUGGACGGUAGACAUCAAAGUACUCGAGGCCGCGAUCACCCCUCGAACACGUAUGAUCGUGCUGAACAGCCCACACAAUCCCGUCGGCAAAGUGUUCAGUCGUGAGGAGCUACAAGCCAUUGGUGAUCUCUGCCUCAAGAACAACAUUCUCAUCCUGUCUGAUGAGGUUUACGAUCGACUAUAUUAUGUUCCUUUCACACGCAUGGCAACACUUUCUCCAGAGAUUGCCAAGAUCACACUGACCGUUGGGUCUGCCGGCAAGAACUUCUAUGCCACAGGCUGGCGUGUGGGGUACCUGAUUGGUCCGGAAGAACUCAUCAAAUAUGUUGCAGCUGCUCACACACGUAUCUGCUACAGCAGCGUGAGCCCGUUGCAAGAAGCCGUGGCCGUCGCCUUUGAAGAGGCGGACGCGCAUGGAUUCUGGGAGGAAAGUAAGACAGAGAUGAAGCGCAAGAUGGAUCUGUUCAACGAGAUCUGGGACGAGCUUGGUCUGCCGUAUUCCAAGCCGGACGGCGGCUAUUUUGUCCUUGUCAAUCUUGCCAAAGUGAAGCUGCCAGAAGGAUACCAAUUCCCACCGCACGUUGCCAACCGCCCGCGUGAUUUCAAACUGUCAUGGUUCUUGAUCACAGAGCUUGGCGUAGCUGCUAUUCCUCCUACCGAGUUCUUCACGGAUGACAAUGCACACAUUGUGGAGGACUGGCUGCGAUUUGCGGUUUGCAAGAACGACGAUGUGCUCGAGCAGGCGAAGGAGAGGCUUCGAGGUCUCAAGAAAUACAUAGAAUAGAUGAACCCUGUACAUGUAACGAAUGAACCUUGCUCGAGUUUCAUUUCAGAGCGAUCGUUCAUUAAAGAAUAACGAUGGUCCAUUAGAUCAGGGU